AAUCGUUCAGCGUCGUCGCUUCGUCUCCGUUCUUUCACGAUGGAAGACGACGGCCGACCGAACCGAAGAAAGAGAUAUAUCGAAAAAGGUACAGAAUACAUUGUGCCAAAGUCUACGCUGCACUACCAGAAGACAGCGCGGAUGUCCACGUCUGCUCCAAGUCCAGCAACUUCACCGAACUUGUCGCCCGAGCUGACUCGCCGUUCGACCUCGAGCACCGACACACCCCAAGAGGGCACGCCAGCGUCCGACGGUGACCUGACCGCGUCCGAUGAGGAACAGCAGUGGGGAGGAGGAGGUGAAGAUGCACACUUGCUGUCAGACUUCGAAGGAAGCAUGUCGGAAGACAACAAUCCGUCGGAGGAUGGCCCCUUCACGUCGGAAGAUGACACCUUCGCGUCGGAAGAUGACACCUUCGCGUGGGAAAGCAGCUGUCCACGUGACUUUGUGUCCGUCACCACGGACGAUGAGCUGAUGGAGCAGUGUUUUGCCCAUUUCGGCACUUCGACCCUACCCCACUCGAGCACAACCACAGCAUCUGCCGUCGCAAUGCUUAUGUCUCUUGUUCACGCCCACAAUUUUACGUGGACUGCGUUGGAUGACAUCCUUAAAGUGGUAAACAAAAUGUUUGGACAGGAGGAGGAUGUUCUUCCAGGUACUAAAUACCUGUUCCGAAAGUUGUGGGCUCGAAAAACUUCGGGUAUGUCAAAGAAAUUUUUCUACUGCGAGAGUAACAACUGCACUGGAUUGCUUGAGCCUGACCAGUCGGGGAAGUUAACAUGUGCCGUGUGCCAGGCCUCUGCUGAUGGUGAUGCAGUUCUCAAGGCUGGGAGCUACUUCACGAUCCUGAAUGUGCGGGAGCAGGUUAAACAUGUCAUAUCCAAAACCAAGCAAGCUCUCAGCGAACACCUCACUCUCCUUGAGACACUCGCGGACAGUCCAGACGUGAAGGACAUAACCAGCGGUUCUGCGUACCGGAGCCUCAAAGAGACCGGCGUGCUAAAGACGGGUGACCUGACGUUAACUGUCAACACCGAUGGGAGCCCGGUGUUCAAGUCCUCCAACUCCUCAAUCUGGCCAAUCCAGUUUACAGUCAGUGAGCUUCCACCCGAGAAAAGGUUCACCAACACAACGCUCGCUGGAUUAUGGUGUGGGAAGAAGCAUCCCAACAUGCUGCAGUUCAUGAGCAAGUUUGCCGAUGUGUUGGUGGACGUGGAGCCAAUUCAGUGGACGUGCGGAACAGUCAACCACACUUCAAAAGUGCACCUCCUCUGCUGCUGUGCAGAUGCCCCUGCACGUGCAGCUGUGCAGAACCACGUACUGUACUCGGGGUAUUUCGGAUGCCCCUGGUGCCUGAUCAGAGGAGAACACAUUGGAGGCUGCAUACGCUACAUUCAGGAGGACCCGGAGCCAGCUGGGAGGACAGCAGAGUCGGUGGCAAGGGACGCCAAGCUUGCCGAGAGGUUCCGCGAACCCGUGGAAGGCGUUAAAGGGGUAUCUGCUCUUGCCGCAGUCCCCAACUUCGACCCUGUCUGGGGAUACCCAGUCGAUUAUAUGCAUUGUGUCUUGCUGGGGGUCACAAGGCAAAUAACGGAGCUGCUUGUAGCGUCUUCAAACUCGGAGUGCCAGUUCUACAUUGGGAAACCAGCAGUGCUCGGUGUGGCGAACCAGCGGCUACUCAAGAUCAAGCCUCCUCACUGCAUCACCCGGCUCCCGAGAUCCAUCCUCGAGAGGGCUUUCUGGAAAGCUAGUGAGUGGAGGCUCUGGCUCCUUUUCUACUGCCUUCCCUGCACUCUUGGUGUGCUGCACCCCCGCUUCUGGAGGCACCUGGCUCGGCUUGCGGAGGCUGUUCACCUCCUGCUGCGCAUGGAGAUCAGCCCGUCUCAGAUUAAUCGUGCUGAAACACUGCUCAAGAAGUUCGUGGCGCAGGUUCCCGUCCUCUACGGUCAGGCAGCCAUGACCUUCAACGUCCAUCAGCUGCUGCACCUGGCGAACACGGCCCGACGCAUGGGGCCGCUCUGGGCCAACUCGGCCUUUACGUUCGAGUCUGGCAACGGCCAGCUUUUGCGGCAUGUGACGGCAGCCAAGGGCGUCCCUGGGCAAGUGAUUGAGCGUGCGAUGAUGGCCCAAGAGUUGGACCUUGUCCUGAGCCAUCAGCUUCUGCCCCAAGACACUAAGGUCUUCUGUAAAAAGAUGUUGGGCUAUGCCCACAUCAAGGAGGCGUCUUACACGCCUGGGGCCUGCCUUUUGGGCAGUGCCAAGCCGGGACUUGACUUCUCACAGGAUGAAGUCACUGCCCUGCAGGAAACUCUCAGUUUCUGCCCAUCACCAGUGAUGGAGCAUGAACGCCUGAUCCUGGCAGGGCAGCUGUGCCAUAGCAUGAAGUACACGCGAGCAAAGAGGAGGAAUUCCUCUAUCAUCCAAUGCAAGGAUGGUCGGUUUGGUGGAAUUUGGCGAGUACUUUACCUACGAGAUGAGGAUGAGUGUGUGAUCCUGUGCAAGGAGCUUGUGCGCAAGGAAUCCAGCUUGCAUUUUCCAGGACACAUUGUUGAGAUGGUGAUGAUGCCAGAAGACAUAUUUAUGGCUGUGAAGCCAGACGACGUGGCCCAGGUGUGCCUUGAAGUUAACUUUGUGCAGGAUGGAGCUCUAUAUGUCUGCUUGCUUCCCAACAGCAUUGAGCGUGACUAA